UUUUUAUUUCUAUCUCUAUCUCUUACAAAGCUAAAUCUUGACCGCGAACCAAAAGCCUUCUCAUUUUAGUUUUUUUUUGCCGCUCUGCUUCUUCCCUCUCGUUUUUUUCUUAUUCUUUCAGGUUUUCGCGGACAAAACCCUAGCCCUAACCAAUCCGCUUUUUGUUUAUUUCGAUUCUGAUUCGACUGUUACGAGACCUGAAAUCUGUUGCGGACAAUAGGCAGAUCUCAGAUCGUAGUUGUUGGAAAUUCAAUCGGUGGCUCUGGUGUUACUGGAUUGGAUUUUAUUGGUUUUUUGUUUUGAUUCCGAGUUUUUCUGAUCGGAUUCUUGCUAUACAGGUUUCAAGAAUGGCGUCGAGUUCAGGUUUUCUUGAAGUUUAGCAUUCAAAAUCUCAGGCUCUUAGGAAUUUUAGUCUACGUGAAUCUGGAUUUUCAUUUCCACUCUGUGUGGGCUUUUUGGAUGCUGCCGAUUCGGUUUGCGGUAUUUUUAACUACUGGCUCUACCGACUUGGAAGAAUAUAUAUUGGAUGGGAGAAGAAGCAGCUGGUUUGGCUGCAGUUGCAAAUAAGCCGCUGGAGAAAGAGAGCGCUUCGAGUACCGAAUUGAAGCGUGACCAUCAGUAUCUAGAUGAAGAUACGGAACCUGAGUCGUUUCACAAUAAGAAGCAGGCAAAAGAAGUGUCGAAUGAAGACGUUCGUUCAGAAGUUUCUAAUCCUGUAAUUUCCCCGAAAGGGAAUCAUUUCCAAGAUAUUACAAGUCAGCCAGACGAGCAAGAAAAUACCAACCAAGUUGAACGUGGGGACCUUACGUCGGCUUGUUCGGGAAAUUCAAGCUCAGAGGAUACUUCAAGCGAUGGAAUUCGUUGCCAGAACAACACGUCUCGGAAUGAUGUUGAUGUGUGUGAUGAUGAUGAAGUCUCCCGGGUUGUGAUUGAAAUUCCUAAGCAUGCUAGUUCAACCGGAAUUAAGAAAAUUACGUUCAAAUUCAGCAAAAAAAAGGACAACAAUGACGCAUCCAGGUCAGCUGACAAAAUUCAUUCUUAUGGAAACUCUGACAAGGACUGUAAACCAGAACCAUCCUCGGUUGACGAUGCUUAUACGGAGACAUCUGCACAUAGCUGGGAAGGCUGUGCUGAGAGCAGCAGGUUUCCCCCAGGCCCCAGUAAAAUGGAACUGAAAAUGUCGAAGAAGGUUUUGCCAAACAAUUACCCGUCAAAUGUGAAAAAGCUGCUGUCGACUGGUAUACUUGACGGAGCUCGCGUCAAGUAUAUAUCUACGACAAGUGAGAUAAAGCUAGAUGGUAUCAUAAACGGCGGAGGUUAUAUGUGCGGAUGUUCAAUAUGCAAUUUUACAACUAUUCUCAGUGCUUAUGAGUUUGAGCAGCAUGCUGGUUUCAAAACUAGACAUCCAAAUAAUCAUAUAUACUUGGAGAAUGGGAGGCCGAUUUAUAGUGUUAUACAGGAAAUUAAGAGUGCACCUCUUAGCAUUUUAGAUGAAGUGAUUAAGGAAGUAGCCGGUUCAUCUGUUAACAUGGAUUCAUUUGAGGCUUGGCAAGCAAGUUUCCACAAGGACAGUACAGGUAUUGAAGUGGAAAAUGAUAAUGUGAAGCUUCCGAAAUUGUCACAUCCCAUUGAGAGACCAAACCCUAAUUUAUCCAACCCAGUCAUGCAACAGAAGAAAUCGGCAGAGAAAGGCACAAAAAGAAGGGACAAUGAUCUUCACAGGCUACUUUUCAUGCCAAAUGGGCUUCCUGAUGGGGCUGAGCUAGCUUACUUUGUCAAAGGACAGAGAAUACUUGGAGGCUACAAGCAAGGAAAUGGUAUACUCUGUAGUCACUGUAAUCGCGAGAUUAGCCCUUCCCAGUUCGAAGCCCAUGCAGGGAUGGCUGCCAGACGUCAACCCUACCGUCACAUUUAUACUACAAAUGGUCUUACACUUCAUGAUAUUGCCAUUUCCCUGGCUAGUGGGCAAAAACUUUCAUCAGGAGACAGUGAUGAUAUGUGUGCUGCAUGUGGUAAUGGAGGUGAUUUGAUUUUCUGUGAUCGAUGCCCUCGCGCUUUCCAUACAGGGUGCCUGCAUCUACAGAAUGUCCCAGAAGGUGUUUGGUGUUGCCCAAACUGUAGAGAUAAAGUGGGUUCCAGUUUGAAGGCAGCUUCCGGAGGCCCUUCGAGUUUUCCAAAACCAAUUGUAUUUAGGUUGACACGAGUUGUUAAAGCACCUGAGUAUGAGAUUGGUGGUUGUGUUGUUUGCAGGCGACAUGAUUUCAGCGCUGCUAAAUUUGAUGAUCGAACUGUACUGUUAUGUGAUCAAUGUGAAAGAGAAUUCCAUGUGGGCUGUCUGCGGGAUAGUGGAUUAUGUGAUCUGCAGGAACUCCCCAAGGAUAAGUGGUUCUGCUGUGAUGAGUGCAGUAAUAUCCAUGUGGUCCUUCAGAAUACAGUUUUGAACGGGGCACAAAUUAUUCCAGAUCCAUUAUCAGAUUUAAUAAUCAGAAAGCACGUUGGAAAAGGAUUAUUUGUUGAUGAAGCUCUUAAUGAUGUUCGGUGGCAAAUUUUAAGUGGAAAAAGUCGCAACCCAGAAGAUCUUCCAUUUCUUUCAAGGGCGACUUCUAUUUUUCGGGAAUGUUUUGAUCCUAUUGUUGCAAAAUCAGGUCGUGAUUUGAUACCCGUUAUGGUUUAUGGGAGAAAUAUAUCUGGACAAGAGUUCGGAGGAAUGUUUUGUGUUGUUUUAAUUGUGAGGUCUAUAGUUGUAUCGGCUGGUCUUCUUAGGAUCUUUGGCCGCGAAGUUGCUGAGCUUCCUAUUGUUGCCACAAGUAGAGAACAUCAGGGCAAGGGUUACUUCCAAGUAUUGUUUUCCUGUAUAGAGCGGCUACUUUCUUCCCUAAAUGUGCAAAACCUUGUACUCCCUGCAGCCGAGGAUGCUGAAUCAAUCUGGACCAAUAAAUUGGGUUUCAGAAAGAUGAGUGAAGAACAAUUGGCGAAGUAUAUGAGGGAGGUCCAGCUGACGAUCUUCAAUGGGACAUCGAUGCUAGAGAAGGUGGUGGUGCGGCGGUCAACAUGAUGAUGAAUGAUGUAAUGAUCAUCGGUGUGCAAGUCGAGCCAUAUUGAAAUAACCCAAGUAGGAAGGAAAAUUGGAAUUAUAUUUUAUUUCAUUCUUUGUCUCCUUUUAAAUCCUACAUAGCGAUCAGUAGUUAUGCUGUAUAAUUGGUGCUGAGUUUUGGUUUGAACAAUCUCUUGGAAAGGCUGUUCUGUUUGUACAAACUAGAAAUUAGAUAGUUCAACUAAUAUGGUGAGGGAAGCGAGUGAAAAAGGGGGG